UGGCGCGCGAUAAUUUGAAUACAGUGGCGGAGCAACUGCCUGGGCAGAGAAGGGGCUGCUGGCUCUGAGGUGCAGGAGUUCAAUUAAGAAGAUGUCAACUUUUACACCAAGGAAAAGGAAGCAGGAUUCUUUGAACUGUGACAACCUGUUAUCAGACAUUCCAUCAAAGAAAUUAAUUUUGGACUUUACUGGAAAUAUAUCUUCAUCACCUAAUCAAAAACACAUUUGCCAAAGCAAUGAUAAAAAUGAAGACAAGGUGUAUUGCCCUCAACAAGGCCAUUUCAUUUCAAGUCCACUCAAAACAACUAAAAAGAAUAGAUUACCAUCUGCAAAUCAAGGUUCGCCUUUUAAAUCUGCUGUGUCUACUAUAUCUUUUUACAACAAAAAUAAGUGUUACCUCAAUCCAUUGGAGAGAAAGAUGAUAAAAGAGAGUAGAUCCAUUUGUCUAAAAACUAAUAAUGAAGAUAAGCCUUUUCCCAGUAUGACCAAAAAAUUGCAGGGAAAACCAGUCCACUCCAAGAAGAUGAACAAAAAACCACAGAAGAAUUUAACUAAGUGUCGACCAAAUUAUAAGUGCAUCAAGCCUGUAUCAAAGAAUUCUAAAGAUUGCAAGCAAAAUCGAGUUGUCUAUAAACCAGUUGUAGAGCAAGAGAACAAUUGGUAUUCAGCUGAAAAUAAUCUGAAUGCUCCUCGAGUUCUAAGCCAAAAAGUCAAACCACAAGUAACACUCCAGGGUGGAGCAGCAUUUUUUGUUAGUAGGAAAAAACCGCCUCUUAAAAAGUUGUCUCUGGAAAAUAAGCCAUUACUGGGACUCACCCAAAAGAAUAAAUCAGAAAUGAUUGAAGACUCUAAUGUAGAGACUGUCAUUGAAGGAAGAACUUUUGAGACAAUGCAAGUCUCAAAGUGCAUGUUACUGGAAAAGAAACUGAACCUUGAGCUGCUGGGUACAAGAAGUAAAAAUGAAGAGAAAGUAAUAAAGGAUUCAUCAAGUGGAGUAGUUUCUUCAAGGGAACAUAAGCCUGAUGAAAAUAAAUAUUUUUCUUCGGAAGACUCUCAAAGUGAGAACAAGGCAGUUUCUCCUAAGUCCAUUGUGUAUCCCAUCUUCAGUGCAUCUUCAGUCAAUACAAAAAGAUCUCUAAUUGAAGAAAAGUCUUCUGUGGGAUCCAUCCUACCUUCUAACUUCUUGAAACAGAUCAAUACACAGAAAAGUACUAACACCAGAGAUCCAAAUAAAGAAACAAAAGACCAGCUCAUCAUUGAUGCGGGUCAGAAGCAUUUUGGAGCCACCAUGUGUAAGUCCUGUGGCAUGAUCUACACUGCUUCCAACCCUGAGGAUGAACUGCAGCAUGUUCAGCAUCACCACAGAUUUCUGGAGGGAGUCAAGUAUGCAGGCUGGAAAAAAGAACGUGUAGUAGCCGAGUUUUGGGAUGGCAAAAUUGUGUUGAUCCUGCCACAUGAUCCCAGCUAUGCUCUCAGAAAGGUAGAAGAUGUGCAAGAGCUUGUCGAUUGUGAACUGGGCUUCCAGCAAGUUGUUCCUAGAUGUCCAAACAAAACGAAAACUUUUCUCUUUAUAUCUGAUGAAAAGAGAGUAGUUGGGUGUUUAAUUGCAGAGCCCAUCAAACAGGCCUUCCGUGUCCUGUCUGAACCAACGGGCCCAGAAUCCCCAAGCUCUAAAGAAUGUCACAGGGCUUGGCAGUGUUCCAAUGUACCAGAACCUGCAGUCUGUGGGAUAAGUAGAAUUUGGGUCUUCAGACUGAAGAGAAGAAAGCGCAUUGCAAGACGACUGGUAGAUACUCUCAGGAAUCGCUUCAUGUUUGGCUGUUUUCUCAGCACGAAUGAAAUAGCAUUUUCUGACCCAACACCAGAUGGCAAGUUAUUUGCAACCAAGUACUGCAACACCCCGAAUUUCCUUGUAUACAAUUUUAAUAGUUAAAGCCAAUUUCAACUAUAGAACAGUUACUAUGUCAAUGAGUUCAGACAGCCCCUUAUCAUAUAAGAACCAUUUAACAGCUAUCAAAAUUAAAAUAUUGAGACACACACCACAUACACAAACCUGCCUGUUUUGUUCCUUAUGAAUUAAAAGUCAGGGAUGAAUUUGUUUCAAGUUAUGUGGCGAGUCAAACAAAGGGAAAAUCUUUGGAUGACGUAUACUGACUAGCACUCUGAAUCCUUAAUUACAAAAUGUGUAGCUAUAACUAGAAAAUUACUUGCCUGUUAUGUAAGAACAAUGACAAAGCAAGGUGGUUUUCCACAGAAAUGUGACCACUUACCUUUUAUACAGCACCUUUGGACCAGGGUUAUCUUAUGCUCCAUCAGAAGCAAACAGGAAAAUUAAAAGACAAAUAAUCUCCAUGCCCAAUUUUUAAAGGUAAUUCCUGAAUUCUGUACACAGAAGUCUCACCUUUAUAGGUAGCAGCUCAGUUUGAAUGUAUUUAGGAAGUGUUUUGAAUUUCUAGUUUGCAUAAUAGGGAAAAAUGGCAAAGAAUAAGAUUUCCAUAUCCUUUUAUGUACAAUAGAAUUCUAUAGCUUGUUUUCAUCUUUUUAAAAAUAUUAAUCAAAAGCACAGCUGUCACCAGUUUUAAUU